CUUCAUCUUCAUAAAUAUACCUACCAAUUCCUCAUCUAUUCACUAAUCACUUACAACUAUACAUCAUGCGCUCAUUCACCUCCCUUCCCCGCGGUCUCCGCUCUCUUCAGUCCGCUUUCCCCCGCGCUACCAUCACCCGCGCCUCUCAAACACCCUCCCGGCCAUUCACUCAGCUCCUCCAUCGCCAAACACCAACACUUUACUCCCCGAAGGUCACUACACACCUCGCAACCACCAGACUCAACUCUUCCUCAGCGAAACCUCUUACGGACCGCUCCGUCGACGCAUCCACCGACGCCCAGAAUGAAGAACAGAACCGUCUUCGCCGCGAACAGGAGCCCGCAUACCAAAUCACAUUCACCUGCAAGCCAUGCGGAGAACGUUCCUCACACCGCAUGUCCAAGCACGGAUACCACCGCGGUACGGUGCUGAUCAAGUGCCCGUCCUGCGAUGCUCGCCAUGUCAUAGCCGACCAUUUGAAUAUCUUCUUCGACAAGAAGAGUACCCUUGAGGAUAUCUUGGCCCGGCAGGGCGAUAAGUUGACUCGUGGGUAUGUGGAUGGCGACAUGGAAUUCUGGGAUGAUGGGAGUGUCAAUAAGAAGGAGGGUGGAGGUGAAGGAGAGGAGGGCAAGUCGGCUUAGACUACUACACUGUUGACUCGGCUAUGCAUUGUAUUUGGGGUUUGGAAAAGUUGAUGAGCGUUUGGCGUCCUGGUUGGGGUUGAUAUCAAUCAUCAUUGGAAUUGGAGUAUGUACACUCUGCUCUUGGGAUAUACAUUGUACUUUUUAUAGAUGGGGUAGGUGGAAGAUGAAGUGAAGACAAAAGAAUCAUAUGUACGAUAGAUAGACAGCUCAUCUCAAAC